GCGAAAGGGGCAUCAUCGCGCGCGCCCGAAUCACGUGACCCAGAGGUGUCUUAGUUCCUCUGGAGUCAGUGACGUUUCCUAUAGGCAAAGGUCAUAGGGCCUGGCGGGCAGGGGAUGUGUGUUUAGUGGAGUUGGCGGAGCUACCUACUGCAGUGUGGUGACCUCGGCCGAAGGCCAAAGGUCAAGAAUUAGGUUCCACCUCAUGGAGACUCCCGCGGCCGCCGCACCUGCCGGGGGUUUCUUCCCCUCGUUCCUGCUCCUGGCGUUUGGGACACUCGUGGCUGCUGUGCUGGGCACCGCUCACAGACUGGGGCUCUUCUAUCAGCUGAUGCACAAGGUGGACAAGACAAGCACCCGGCAUGGUGGGGAGAGUGUGGCGGCUGUGCUCAGGGCCCAUGGUGUACGCUUUGUCUUCACACUGGUUGGUGGGCACAUUUCCCCACUGCUGGUGGCCUGUGAGAAGCUGGGCAUCCGUGUGGUAGACACACGACAUGAGGUCACUGCUGUGUUUGCUGCUGAUGCUGUGGCCCGCCUGACUGGGACAGUGGGCGUGGCUGCAGUGACAGCUGGCCCUGGUCUCACCAACACAGUGACUGCAGUGAAGAAUGCUCAGGUGGCGCAGUCCCCGGUCCUGCUCCUGGGUGGGGCUGCCAGCACCCUGCUGCAGAAACGGGGAGCACUCCAGGCCAUUGAUCAGAUGUCUCUGUUCAGGCCGCUCUGCAAGUUUUGCGCUUCUGUGCGGACAGUACGAGACAUUGUACCUACGCUGAGGGCUGCGAUGGCUGCUGCCCAGUCAGGCACCCCAGGUCCCGUGUUUGUGGAGCUGCCUCUUGACGUGCUGUACCCCUACUUCAUGGUCGAGAAGGAGAUGGUUCCAGCCAAGUUGCCCAAGGGCCUCAUGGGUAGAGUUGUCUUCUGGUACUUGCAGAACUGCCUGACCAACCUUUUUGUUGGGGCUUGGGAGCCUCGUCCUGAGGGGCCUCUGCCCUUGAACAUUCCCCAGGCGUCUCCCCAGCAGAUCCAGCGCUGUGUGGAGAUCCUGAGCCGGGCCAAGAGACCCCUGCUGGUGCUUGGGAGCCAGGCCCUGCUGCCUCCAACCCCUGCCACCAAGCUUAGGGCUGCUGUGGAGACCCUAGGUGUCCCCUGCUUCCUAGGGGGGAUGUCUCGGGGGCUGCUGGGCCGCAACCACCCUCUCCACAUCCGGCAGAACCGCAGUGCUGCGCUGAAGAAGGCAGAUGUUGUUGUCCUUGCAGGAGCCGUGUGUGAUUUCCGCCUGUCAUAUGGUCGUGUCCUUAACCGCAAGAGCAAAAUCAUCAUUGUCAAUCGGAAUCGGGAUGAUAUGUUGCUCAACUCAGAUGUCUUCUGGAAGCCCCAGGAGGCGGUGCAGGGAGAUGUGGGUUCCUUCAUACUCAAGCUGGUGGAAGGCCUUCAGGGCCAGAUGUGGGCCUCAGAUUGGGGUGAGGAGCUUCGGAAAGCUGACCAGCAGAAAGAGCAAACUUAUCGGGACAAGGCUGGAAUGCCUGUAUCUCAGCACCUGAACCCAGUAUGGGUGUUACAGCAGGUGGAGGAAAUGCUGCCUGACAAUGCUCUCCUUGUGGUUGAUGGUGGGGACUUUGUGGCCACUGCCGCCUAUUUGGUACAGCCCCGAGGGCCCCUGCGCUGGCUUGAUCCUGGAGCCUUUGGGACUCUGGGAGUUGGUGCAGGUUUUGCACUUGGGGCUAAGCUGUGUCAGCCGGAUGCCGAGGUCUGGUGCCUGUUUGGGGAUGGAGCCUUUGGCUACAGCCUCAUCGAGUUUGACACGUUCGUCAGACACAAGAUACCAGUAAUGGCCUUGAUAGGAAAUGAUGCAGGUUGGACCCAGAUUUCCCGGGAACAGGUGCCCAGGUUGGGCAGUGACAUAGCCUGUGGCCUGGCUUACACUGAUUAUCACAAGGCAGCCAUAGGCCUGGGGGCCCAGGGAUUGAUGCUGUCACGAGACAAUGAGGAUCAAGUAGUCAAAGUACUUCAUGAAGGCCAGCAGCUGUGCCAGGCGGGCCAUGCAGUCGUGGUCAACAUCCUGAUCGGGAGGACAGAUUUCAGAGAUGGCUCCAUUUCUGUAUAGGGCCUAUGUGUGGGUUCGUGUGCUUGCCUCUCUCCUUGGACUAUGCCCAGCCUGUCUAGUUUCCUCCUCAUCCUCUCUGAGCUCAGUCUCACAAGGUCCAACAACUGUACAACCUUCCGAUCAGGGAAUGAAGAGAUCAAAGCUCUAAAGAGGCACCCAAGUGGCAGCUCACUCCAUAGCCCAGCUGUAUACCUUUCUCCCUCUUACAGACUGAAUAAACCUCUUGGCUGCAUGAGCCCAAGGACUCAGUCACAUAA